CGAUCACCAACAAACGCUCAGUGUUGCUCGUGUCGCCAAAGCGCCUUGUCACGCUACGUCGUGUUGUCUUUUAAGCGUCGCUUACGAUUAUUUCUGCAUUACAAUCAUUACAUUUUUAAUCUAUUUCUAAGUGUAAUUGAAGGCCUUAAUCAAUUGUGGAAAUAAGUGAACGUAACAAUUUAUAAAAAAUAAAAUAAUUGAACAAACAUAAAUUUGUGCAAUAAAUAAUAUAUCGACUCAAUUAAGUAAUUUAUUAAGAGCUCCGAAGCAUCUGGUCGAAUUUCUGGGUGGAUUUGACGAUUACAUAAACUUUAAAAUGUUCACACAAUCCACAUACGCGCUGGUCACGUGCCUCAUUUCAAUUAGCUCGGCGAUACGUGUCGAUUUCAAUACGAACAAGGGUCCCAUUGUGCCGCCAACACCACGUACAACGGUACGUCCGCUGCCGCCGUUCCGUGAGCCCGCGCCCGUCUGGGAGGAUCAAAGCAAUGAUAUACCGAACCCGAAUCCAUACACCUACAUUUUACCGCCACCGUCGCGACCACGUACAACCGGCAAUAAUGUUGGCAACGCCGGUCAAAGGCCACUGCACUACUAUGGCAACCUCUUGCUGCCCUCCAACGAGAAUGCCUUCACCCAGCAGGGCAGUACGAAUGUGGGCGGCGGCAGCUUGGCAGCGAAAUAUAUACCGAAUGUCGGUAUACGGUACACAGCGGUGGUGGCGCCUACCUAUAACAGCAACAACCACAAUAUCAACUACAAUAACAACAAUCAAGCCAAUCGCAACAACGGUGGCGGCAAUUACUUCGACGUGAACAAUAAAUUGCAUGGCAAAUACUAUAAUGCCAAAACGAAAAAGUACAAGGCAUACGAGAAGGUCAAAUACGUGCCACAAAACUAUUAUCCACUAUCUGCAUUGGCACUACCCAUCGAAAAACCUUACACAAACGCAUUCAAUCAAGAACAGUUGAUACGCACACAACAGUUGCCACAAAUUGCCGCACCAAACGCCUUUCGGCCAGUUGAAAAGGCAGCAACCGAAGCGCAGCUACACAGCGCAGCAUCAAUCAGGCAAAAUACCAUAAGCGCAGCCGCAACAACACCUUUAGCUGCCAACACGGCUGUGCCACAAGCCAAGUGGGCGCACGAGAAAGAUCAGCCGCUGUUGAAAGGCAAGUCCCUCCCCGAAUCCAGCAAAGCACAAGCGCAGCUACCAAUUACUUCAACAACAACAACCACGAAACUAAACACAUUGGGAGGUCAACAGGCGAACGCAAUCUCGAGUGCGAAGAGCAGGUGAACGUGCAAUGUAGCAACGUUACAGCAACACAAAUACAAAUUAAUUUGAGGAAAAAAGUUUUGAAACGCAUUUACACCGACAAAAAGCAAAAAUUUACUUCAAAUUUACAAGUCAUCAGUUACUUUGAAAUAUAAAUUGAGUAUGUAAUAUAAAUUUACUUUUACAUACAUAACCGUUGUAAUAUUUUUUAUUGCAUUUUGUAAACUCUGCCAACUGCCUGUCAUUGUGCGCUGCAUUUGAGGCGUUCAGUGAAGAUUAACUAAUUCUUAGCUGUUACCACAUGAUCAAGUCCCUUUAGGGUCUAUCAUUUUUUUUUUUUAAUUUUUGCCUUGCCAUAAGAAAGCGACAACGAAAAUUCAUAAAUAUUUUAAUAUUUUUUAACUCAAACUGUAUUGUUGGUAGCGCACAAUACACCGUUAUAUGAAAUUAUAUAAAUAUAAUGUUAUAUAAAAAAAACUCGAAAACAAACACCGUGUACCAAUUGUAAUCGUACUAGUAAAUACGAAUGCUAAAAAUAAACGAAUGCUUUUUUUAUGAAAAGUAAUUGUAAAUAAAUAAUAAUGUAUAAAUAAGAAAACGAGCAAUAAAACUGAAUAAAUAUAUACUUUUACAAAA